GUGCGGUCGCCCCACAGCAAGAAGGUCCUGGGUUCCAGCCCCGGGGUAGUCCAACCUUGGGGGGUCGUCCUCUGUGUGGAGUUUGCAUGUUCUCCCCGUGCCUGCGAGGGUUUCCUCCCACAGUCCAAAGACAUGUGGGUCAGGUGAAUCGGCCGUACUAAUUUUUCCCUAGAUCGAACAAUUCUGAGCUUUCAUGGCACCACCAAGGAAAAGAGCUUUACCCAAACCACUGCCAGAUGACUUCAUACUGACUGACACUGAAAAGAAGAGUUGGAGGCUGGGCAAAAUCAUCGGACAAGGUGGCUUUGGAUUGAUCUACCUAGCUUCCCAGAAUGUACAUGCCCCGGUCCCUGAAGACGCCAGUUAUGUCAUAAAAGUGGAGUACCAUGAGAAUGGCCCCCUGUUCUCUGAGCUCAAGUUCUACCAGAGAGCAGCCAAACCAGACAGUAUUCAAACAUGGAUGAAAAAUAGUAAUUUGGACUUUCUGGGCAUCCCAGCCUACUGGGGAUCCGGGCUGGCCGAGCACAACGGAACGAGGUACCGUUUUAUGGCCAUGGACCGCUUGGGCUCUGACCUUCAGAAAAUCUGCAAGUCUAUCGGAGGACGGCUGAGGAAGACCGCGGUGCUCCAGCUUGGGCUAAGACUGGUGGAUGUGUUAGAGUACAUCCAUGAUAAUGAAUAUGUCCAUGCUGACAUAAAAGCUGCUAAUGUGAUGUUGGGUUACCAAGACCCUGAAAAGGUCUACCUGGUGGACUAUGGCCUGUCCUAUAGGUACUGUCCUGAUGGAGUCCACAAAGAAUACAAAGAAAACCCCAAGAAGGGCCACAACGGCACCAUAGAGUAUACCAGUCUGGACGCACACAAUGGAGUCGCUCCUUCGAGGCGUGGAGACCUCCAGAUUCUCGGCUUCUGUUUGCUACACUGGCUUUGCGGGAAUCUUCCCUGGAAUUCUGUUCUCCAGAACCCGACGCUGGUCCAGGAGGCCAAGGCCCGGCUGACAGAUAAUCUGCCAGGCUCAGUCCAGCAGCUGUCGGUGAGCGGAGUCGGCACAGAUGAGGUGGCCAGAUUUCUCCUUUACGUCAGGUCUUUGGGGUACCAGGAGCGGCCGGACUACCAGAGACUCAGGGAGCUGUUGGCUGGCAGAGACCUGGGAAAACUCGACUUCUCCAAGCCAAAUGAGGAACAUUCAGGGGGAACGACAGCAUCCAAAACACGGAGUCCUUCCUCCGGAGACAAAGGUAUGAAGCCAGGCCCUGCAGAUAAGAUGGCUGCGCUGUCUCCUAAACCAAAGUGUAGAGCAACAACAGGGGGUGUAAGGAGCACACUCUACAAAGGCCUCCAUGGGGAUCUACCUGAUCUUUCUGUCCUUCAGGUGACAGAUGUGUAUAAGGAUUUCCCCGUAGCUGAGGCACCGAUGAUCUGCAGCAUGGGCAUCAGCUGUGACAUUCCUCUGGUUGACUCUGCCCUUGGCAAGGUUCAAGCCGGAAGUCCUUUGUCCUACCAACAACCAGCAACAGCAACGAGAGACCUGUCCUCCCCAACACUGAAGAUGACUCAAGCUAGAAGGUCCUCCAAACCCAGACCCGCAGCCAAGGAGGAGGAAGAGGAAAGGGGAGAAGAUGAGAUGAAAGAACCACUUCCUGCUUCGAAUGAAAGGCGAUCUCCUCGAACCAAGCCACAGUCCAAGCAGGUCGAUCCACUUAAACCACCAAUGGCGGGAAAAGCUUCAUCUGCUGUCAGAAAAUCGUCCAGAACAAAGCCUGAGCCUAUGGGAACUGAUGAGGAAGCAAGACCAAAACCCAUUUCAAAAGAGUACCUGUGGGCACCUCCAAUAGGGCACAAACCAUCGAAAACUAGAUCCCUAAAGAAAUCGGAUGACUGCCGUGCUACCUCAGCAAGAUGAGAACUCAAAGAGAAUCGCAACCCUGUCAGCAAAACACACUCAAUAGCUAAUAAUGACUUCAACGUCCAAGGACGCAACUACUACACAAAGAACCUGGGUGAGAUGAUGGUCGACCACAGAAGCCGUGGCCAGUGGGACAACAGGAAGUCUAACAAAUCUUGGGACACGUUCCCUCAAAGGAGCAGAGAAAGAGCCUGGUGCCAAACAGUGGCCUGGCUGGAUUGGACUGUUUUACUGUACUGUCUUUACGGCCACCUUCUUCCUGAUUUGUGCUGUCGCUUUAAUAUGAGGAAUAAGGAUCGACUCGGUUUCUCCUUACCACAGCCAAUAGAUUUAUCAGCCUCUCAUUGAGGCGUCUAGCUAUAUACCUUAUUCACUUGAACAGAGGAGGUUG